UUUAGAAAGUGGUGCAACGGAAAAAAAUUUUCUUCAUAAUUUUGAAAAUAAUUUGGCUGGGAAUUUAGGAAAAUAUAAUUUAGAAAACAAGACUGAGGAGCAGUUAACCACCGAACACAAAGAAGCAGUGGAUUCA